GUCCACUCUAGUACCUUCUUGAGACAACUCGAAGGGUCGACCCCGAGUGCAUACACCAUCCAUUCAUAAAUAGCUGUUCUUCUGUGUGUGCUGAUUACCUAUCGAUCGAAGGUGAAAAGAUCGCAGAAAAUGGCUGAAUCAGACCCAGUGGAAGAGUUCGCAUUGGACUUGGAUGAACUGAAACAGCUACAAAGUAUCGCAAAGAGGCCACGCGUUCUCUCUCUCAUUUCCUCUGAAAUUCGCAGCUUGGAAAAGCUGUCAAAUGAUGUGAGCUUGCACUCUCAAGUACCUGCCCCUAUUUCAACUGCGCCAAAAGUUGUCCCUAACCCAGCACUUAGUUAUGCAACAGUUUCAACCUUUAGCUGGGAUCAGGAUAGUGACAAAGUGAAGAUUUAUGUCUCUCUGGAAGGUGUUGAUAAAGAGAAGAUAGAUGCUGGCUUCAAACCAAUGUCUGUUGAUAUCAAGUUUAAUGGUGUGCAAGGGAAGAACUACCGCUUCUCUAUAGGAAAGUUGAACAAGGAGAUAAUUCCUGACAAGUGUAAGGUAAUAGUGAAGCCCAAUAGGGUGGUUCUCUCCUUGCUAAAAGCUACUAAAGGGAACUGGCUGGAUUUGCACUACAAAGAUGACAAGUUUAAGCCAAGUGUAGACAAAGAGAAGGAUCCCAUGGCCGGAAUAAUGGAUUUGAUGAAGAAUAUGUACGAGGAUGGAGAUGAUGAUAUGAAACGCACCAUUGCAAAGGCCUGGUCAGAUUCUAGAUCUGGAAAAGUUGCUGAUCCGCUCAAAGGUGGUUACCCAUGAAGAAAGUAGUGGUUAGAUAUCGCUUAAUUUGAGCUGUGAGAGUUUUUUGGGUGUCCUCGGGUUUUGUGGCAUUUCAGAUGCUAUUAAGCAAAGUUAUGUACUUUUUUAUGUUAUGUUACUUAUCUGUGCUGACAAUACUUUCCGGGAGAUGGUUUGUGUUGUGCGCAUUUUCAUGAUAAAACAUUUUGUGCAGUUAUUUUGACUUGAUUCACAAAAUAUUACUCCGUAUUUCUUUAAGUUUGGUGCAGCGAAUUCUAUUUCGUAAGGAACUAUGUAGUAUUUGAAUUCCUAGAGGGAGCCCUUACAUAGUUGCAUGUGUCUGUUUUUUCCAUGCUAAAAAGCCUCCCUUUCGUCUUGGAUGCCCAUGCUAAGUAACUACUGGAAUUUGAAUGCCAACUAUUUUCUAUCCCUC